GGCUCAUUCAAUUUUCGUCAGUGAUUGAGUGUUUUUGAAAAUAGUGGCUCUCAAAAUGUCUGGCGCAAGGACCCAGCUCGCUGAUUCAUCGACUUCUCCACCAUUAAGCGACAGUCGUCGUUUGGACUACUCUGGUCUGAAGUUUUCGUACGUGGAUGGUUCGGACGACGAGAGUGCCUCAUUGCAUUCGGAACUGCCUUCGUGUGUUUACGCCGCGGCCAGGUCGAGGCUCCAGCUCCCCUUGGCCGCAUAUGUACAUCAACACACCCGACAACUUCAUCCUGAUUCGUUGCUGGAAGCUGCAGCUGAGCCCGACUACCAAUGCGGAGGAUCGCCUUAUCGGGUGCAACGCGCUGCCGCAAAUGUACGCGAACGCCGACGGAUGCUGAGGUCCGGACCAAAUUGCAGUAUAAACUCGGCGUUCGAUGAGCUGCGUGUUCAUGUACCGACGUUCCCGUACGAGAAGAGGCUCAGCAAGAUUGAUACACUGCGGCUCGCCAUCGCAUACAUCGCUUUGCUUCGGGAGGUUUUGGAUGCAGACUACGAUCCAUUGACGUACGUAGAAAAAUGUCUUCGAGGUGAAAUAAAGGCAGAUCGAGCUCACUGGAAUACUAGCGAUCUGACCGCUAGACUGUCCUGGAUCAACUGGGAGAAUCUGGGAGUAAACCCGCAACGGCGCAGUGUCCUGACUUCAUUGGCGCUUAGUUCCGAUAAUUUACAAUACGGGCACAACUAGCACUGCCUCAAUGUCGAAUUAUGACGUCCGCUUAUCGUUUCGAAGUCAGUUUUGAGUAAUUGAUGUUUAAGUGCCGCUGCGUAUUGUAGGUCCGAAUCGAUCCCGCAGCUCGAAUGGGCAACAGGACUCGGCAAGCUUUUGCAAUAAUUCAUCCUCUUUUGACGCGUAAUUUUACCGAAUCUGAAUACACCUACGGUGCGUGCCGAAAUUUAUUUAUGUUGUGUAACAUCGGACGUCAUCUCAGCAUUUGUAGAACAUACUUAGAAUUUCCUCGUCUAUUUAGAAUGAAUCAUGAGGCCCACCAGAUCAUAAAAACGUAGAAGAUUAGUAAUAGUUUAAGCUCUCAGUGAUAAAGCCUCUUAAUGUUUCGAGAAUUCGUGAAACAAACAGUAGUUGGAGCAAUUAAUUGAGAUUAAUGUGUCCAGCAGAGCAACGGGUUGAGUUUCAGGUCGAUUCUUUCGAUUGUUCUCGAUAGUUUUCCCUUUACGCGAACUUAAGUCGAACUGAAUCAACUUAAUGUCGAUCCAGAAAUACGUAUCAUUGCAACGAUGGGUUAUCUUGGGCGAAGGUGCGAGAUUUUCUAAUAAAAAUUUUGCGCCAUGAACCGAUUGAUUUCGUUGCGAGUCCGGGAUGUUAAGCAAUCUAAUUACCGCAAUCAAGUUCGACAAACGAGUCAGUCGACUAUGAACAAAGAAAAACAUUUCGAUUGUUAAUUCGAUUAGGUUGCAAUACCUAAUUGUAUUUUUUUCGUUUGUUUAAAUCAGACUCACUAUACCAAUGUAAAUCUUUUUUUAUUUUUUACAUAAAACUUGUUCGUUUCUUUUUUUAUGUUUUAUCUAAAGUGUUUACUAAAUGUUUUAUCUUCAUACUGAACUUAGAAAGAAUUACUCUUAAAUAAGUCGGUAGAAUUUAUGUUCAUAAUAAUAUAUUCAUCGAAGUAAUUUAAUGCUUAGUAAAAAUAUAUUUUAGUCUUAAUAUAAGUAGUAUAAUUCUAGUUGCGUGAGCUUGACGAUGGCGAGAAUUAUCAUUUUUACUGAUUGAAUUAAAAAAAAAAAACGUAUUACCGAAAUUUUUAUAACAAAACAGUAAUAGGAAUUAGUCUAUCAAUCGGUUUGAUAUUGAAUUGAUUUGAUAUAAGAAACGAGAUUUAUACUGAGUCAGUGUUUUUUUGAACGGUUUUAUUGAAUUAUUCGAAAUCUAAAAAGCACUCUUAAAAAUAUUAUGCUUUAAAUAUAAAAUCAACAAUAGUCUGUCAACUUAAUUCGUACCUAAGAAAUUAUUUGUUUCGGGGGAGGGGGGGGUUAAGUAAUUUUUGUAAAAUUUUCUAUUUUUAAUUAGAAAAGCGAUGAUUCCUGUCAUUAUUUACAGUAAAAACACUAAUGUUUUGAAUUUCCGCACAAUGUAGGUAACUUAAUUUAUUAUCUAAUCAGCUGACGCAUGGGAUCAUUGGUCGCAACUGUCGCCAGCAACUUGCGAUGGCGAUCGCCAGCUUGUGUUUAGAGUACAGAUAUACAACGAACUUGCUAAAACAACAAGUACAUAUUAAGCUAAGCAAUGUAUUGAGGGAUUUCUCUCCGAUUUUCCUUUUAAUGAUCAAUUUUUGGCUUCAGAAAUCUUACUUAUAAAUACUUAAGUAAUCAUUAUUUAUUGUAAAAUAACUAAAUUCAUCGUGACCUACAAUUACCUCAAAGAAUAACUGGUACUAAUAAUGUAAUACGAUCAAUAGAGAAAACGCUAGAGUAGAAAUAUUAACUACCUAUGUACACAAAUUAAUUUAAAAAGUUAGACCAUAUACCUACUCUAAAAUUCGCGAACGAAGGUUACAGUCUAGCCAUAAAUAUUGAAGGAAAAUAUUAUUUUACAUAAAACCUUUUAGAUAAGAUAUUCUUUUUAUAUUAAUGCGGUGUGCGAUAGUUUAUACCGAGUAAUUUAUCAUUUGGAAGAAAUAUUAAUUAAUACCAUAAAUGUAGUCGAAGUCAAUUAAAUAUCCAUUAUUAAGGACAACCCUAAAGCCGAUCAGACCUUGUAAAAUUUUAAAUGGGACCACAUGAGAAGCAUUAGAUUUCACAUAAAAUAAAAUAAUCAUAAACAUCGGUUAACCUAGAAAAAAGUUCUGAGGUGGUCUAAAAAAAAUAGCCGAUCUCAGAACUUUAUAUUUUUGAAGUCUUUUAAACACACAAUAAAUAGGUUCAGAGAAUAACUGGUUUAUAUUUACUGGUGGUAGGACCUCUUGUGAGUCCGCACGGGUAGGUACCACCGCCCUGCCUAUUUCUGCCGUGAAGCAGUAAUGCGUUUCGGUUUGAAGGGUGGGGCAGCCGUUGUAACUACACUGAGACCUUACAACUUAUAUCUCAAGGUGGGUGGCGCAUUUACGUUGUAGAUGUCUAUGGGCUCCAGUAACCACUUAACAACAGGUGGGCUGUGAGCUCGUCCACACACCUAAGCUAUAAAAAAAUAAUAAUAAUAACGGGUACCAAAUUAUUUCUUUAAUUUUUAAUUUCAUUAUAUUAUUUAUGACGAGACUGUUAUCUGCCAAAGAAACAUAAAUGACUAUAGCAAUUUUAGACUUUGAUGGCUUAAGGAAAUAAAUAACCUAAAAACAGUGAAGUAAAAAUUGUGUUGUCAGUAUUUAAAACAAACACGCAAUGUAUGUAGGUAUUCAAAUUUUGCUCCAGAAGCACUGUUUUAGACAGGAAUUUGAAAGUUCAUUCUCAGCGUGGUCACAUUGUAAUCGCGGAAUUUAUAUAUUUUCCUCACAGCUCUAAGCAAAAUCAGAAUCAAAUAAUAUGAAUACAGAAUUUAACAACAAUAGAAUAAAAUUAAAUAGGCUUCCAUUAUAAUAUACAAUAAUAUCAACUUGUGCCAAAUAUUAAUGUUAAGAUUAUCGAACGUGCAAUAUGUUUUAACCUAGUAUUCAUUUAGAUGCAUUGUGAUAUUAAAUUAUCAAUAAGUAGUAGCAAGCGUGUAAGCCGUAGUUGUAUUUCUACUGUUCUCGUAGUGAAUUUGUAGUUUUUAAAUAAAGAGAAAGUAAACUGAAA